AUGCAGAUCUUCGUGAAGACGCUGACAGGCAAGACGAUCACCCUGGAUGUGGAGGCCAGUGACACCAUCGAUAAUGUCAAGGCGAAGAUCCAGGAUAAGGAGGGCAUCCCUCCGGACCAGCAGCGCCUGAUCUUCGCAGGGAAGCAGCUGGAGGACGGUCGCACGCUCUCGGACUACAACAUCCAGAAGGAGUCCACGCUUCACCUGGUGCUGCGCCUGCGCGGUGGAAUGCAGAUCUUCGUGAAGACGCUGACAGGCAAGACGAUCACCCUGGAUGUGGAGGCCAGUGACACCAUCGAUAAUGUCAAGGCGAAGAUCCAGGAUAAGGAGGGCAUCCCUCCCGAUCAGCAGCGCCUGAUCUUCGCAGGGAAGCAGCUGGAGGACGGGCGCACGCUCUCGGACUACAACAUCCAGAAGGAGUCCACGCUUCACCUGGUGCUGCGCCUGCGCGGUGGAAUGCAGAUCUUCGUGAAGACGCUGACAGGCAAGACGAUCACCCUGGAUGUGGAGGCCAGUGACACCAUCGAUAAUGUCAAGGCGAAGAUCCAGGAUAAGGAGGGCAUCCCUCCGGACCAGCAGCGCCUGAUCUUCGCUGGGAAGCAGCUGGAGGACGGUCGCACGCUCUCGGACUACAACAUCCAGAAGGAGUCCACGCUUCACCUGGUGCUGCGCCUGCGCGGAGGCAUGUAG